AUGAAUGGGCACGCUCUGCCAGCCGGCACGCCAGCGUAUCCCCGGGGCUGGCAUGAGUUCUGCGAGCUGCACGCCAUCAGCACCGCCAAGGAGCUGGCGCGGCACUACCUGCGGUUCGCCACCGAGCACCCGCACCAUGACCUCCUGGCCGCCGAGAACUUCUCGGUGCAGUUCACCGACCUCUUCCAGCAGUACUUCUGCCAUGAGGUGAAGGAGGGCUUCGCCAUGAACCAGCUCCGCAUCCUGCCCGCUGGCCCGGCGCGGGAUUACCGGGAGACGCACCGUCGGCACACGGACGCCUCCCUGGGCACGGUGGCCACCAAAGCCGAGGUGGAGCUGGGCACCCGCCCCGAGCAGCCCGGUCGAGCCCCCGAGGCCACCCCAACGGGGCUGCGCAAGUCCUGGAGCUCGGAGGAGCUGGCGGGGCCGGCGCGGCGGCCCUUCUCGCUCAGCCAGCUGCGCAGGAGCUGGCGCAGCCUCUUCCGACGCCGUUCCUCGGAUGCCCUCCCCGGGGAUGGGGAUGGGGAGGCGGCAGCGGAGGCAGCUCUCAAGCCGGGACUGGGCAAGCGCAUCCUGCCAUGGGGGCUGUCGCGGGAGCAGCCCCUCGAGGUGCGCAAGGAGGGGCUCCUCAAGUACGGGCUGCUGGAUGAGACCUCCCUGGACAGCGGGACGCGCUGGCAGCGCUGCCGCCUGGUGCUGCGGCGAGCAGGGACGCCUGACGGCGAGGAGUACGUGCUGGAGCUCUUCGACCCACCCAAGGGCUCCAAGCCGAAGCUGCACGCCGCCUGCUCCACCGUCCAGGAGGUGCGGAGGUGCACACGCCUCGAGAUGCCCGAUAACCUCCAUACCUUCGUCCUCAAGGUCACCAAUGCCACUGAUGUUGUGUUCGAGGCAGGGGACGAGCAGCAGCUCAGCUCCUGGACGGCUGAGAUCCGGGAGUGUGCGCGCAGGGGGUCCGACAUGGGCGACCCUGAGCUCCUGGCGUGCCGGCACACCGACCCCGCGGCCGCCAGCCCCACCACCAGCACCGACAGCCAAGGGGCGACACCGGGGGGCCCAGGGGAGGCGGCAGGGCCGAAGAUGGAGCAGUUCCUCUCCUCCUGCCCCUGGUUCCACGGGCCCAUCUCCCGCGUGAAGGCGGCUCAGCUGGUGCAGCUGCGGGGGCUGGAGGGCCAUGGCGUCUUCCUGGUGCGGCAGAGUGAGACACGCCGCGGCGAGUAUGUGCUUACCUUCAACUUCCAGGGCAGAGCAAAGCACCUGCGGCUGGCGCUGACAGAGCGGGGCCAGUGCCGCGUCCAGCACCUCCGCUUCUCCUCCAUCGUGGAGAUGCUGCACCACUUCCAUCGCUACCCCAUCCCGCUGGAGUGCGGGACAGCCUGCGAUGUCCGUCUGUCCAGCUAUGUCGUCGUUCUGUCCCAGCCGCAAGCUCCUGGCUCCGGCAGCACGGUCCCUCUCCCCCUGCCCGUUCCCAGCUGGAGCCCCGAAUUCAGCAUCACCCCCGCCAGCUCCUCCUGCCCCCGAGGCCCCGACGAGACCCCCCCGGCCCCCCCGCCGGAGCAGAUCUUCCACCUGGUGCCGCCGCCGGCCGAGCUGGCGCAGAGCCUGCGCUUGAGCAGGGGGGCCACGGCGGCCACGGCCUCUGGCCCCCGGCACCGCGAUUUGGACUACGAAGCGGAGGCGCCAGGCCGGGGCCACGUCCGCGCCAUCGACAACCAGUACAUACCGCUCUGA